AUGAAGAAGUUUCUUCUCAUCUUCGGACUGGUUUUUCUCUCGACAACUCAGGCUCAACGAUGUGUUGGAAGUUACAAUGAAUCGAUUAGCGGUGAAUGUCAGUCGCAUAAAAACUGUCAAGGGAGUUUAUUGGCUGCAGGUGGAUGCGAGGGAGGUGGAUGUUGUGUAAAACUCGCUACGAAACCAUCACCAAGUGUUUGUCUUACUGAAAGUGAUUUUGUUCCAUUGUAUAAAACGGAACGGGCGAUAUUUCUUCAAAAAAUAUUGAGUUAUGCAAUCAAUUCUGCCGGAAUUUGUACUAAUUGUCAAGCAAAAGCGGCUUUCUUAGCCAUCGCGGCAACGAUGACCGAUAAUUUUCAAAAAGACGAAGCACAAGGUCACUCAUCGGAAUUUACCGAUGAUGAUGGAAAAUAUGGAAAUACACAAGCUGGUGAUGGAUCUCUCUUUCGUCGACGAGGUUUCUUUGGUCUUCGAGGUCGAACUAUGUACCAACGAGUACAAACAACACUUCCCAAAUAUCAAACAAUUAUGGCUAAUCCACAAUUAGCUGCGUUUGUUGAUAAUGCUAUUGAAAUCGCUGCUGCACUGUGGAAAAAACCAGAUUUACUCAACGGUCCGCCAUUGACAGAACAUGCUGAUGGUACAUUUUACGGCUUCUCCACGCUUUGGUAUCGACUAACCGGCAGCAUCGAAAAUCUUGCCACGGCAACAAAACUUUAUUCGAAAUUCCUUCGUCAUUUGGGCUGCGGUGGUGAUUUAUAUCCCGGUCAAGGUGGUGCUUGUCAAUUCAAUUCCACUCAUACUGGUACUUGUUCACCUGAUUGUAUUCAAGGUUUGGAAGAUGCUGGUGAAUAUUGCGGAUGUAGUGGUGGAAUCGGUCCGCAAUGCCCAAAUAGUCCCCCGCAUGUUCGAUGCUGUUUAGACACAUGCAGUCAGGAGUUGAAAAUGGACUUAGGAUUUGUUUUGGAUGCUAGUGGAAGUGUGGGAUCAAAGAAUUAUGAAUUGCAAUUGAAAUUCACCAAAGAUUUGCUUCAACGAGCCAACGUUGGAGAAAACAAGACUCACGUUGGUGUAAUCAAUUAUUCGGGCGAAAUCGAAAUUUUAACUUGGUUAACUACCGAUUAUAAACUAAGCCAGAAAUUGAAGAAAAUUGAUAAGGCGACUUACUUCGGUAAAGGAACAGACACUGCCGGUGCAUUGAAACAAGCAGCCAGGGUUUUUUCGUAUAAAAAUGGUUUACGAUUGCCCGAAGAUGGUGCAGCACCUGUGAUUUUCGUCAUAACCGAUGGAGAAAGUGCUGAUCGAAAGGCAACGAUUGCGGCAGCAAAAGUUUUGAAAGCCAAUGGCAUUCACAUCGUUAGUGUUGGUGUUGGAAAUAAACUCGAUCUGGUAGAAUUAAACGCCAUUUGUACUGAACCAGCGAGUGAAAAUUAUUUCCCAAUUACAAAUUACGCGGCACUCGAUCAGAAACUAAAUCAAUUCACUGCGAAGACUUGCUCCGAGCCAGCACCUAUCGCAGAAAAUACGACCGUGACGGGCGAAUGUGGAAAAGAUAAAUACAAAUUUUUGAAAAUCAAAAUUAUCAUUGUCGGAAACAAAAUCAAGAUCAUCGUGAAGUUAUUCAAUGGAAAAGUGAAGGUAUUCUUUUCAUUUACAAGUAAAAAUCCCAAAGAUCCAAUCGAUUUCGGUAAUUACGUCACAACAACGUCAACAUCAACAUUUUCAUCCUUGCCUUCCACUUCGUCAUCGAAAUUCCUUCCGAAAUACGAUCGAGCAGUCGAUGAAGGAGAAGAAAUCUCCUUGGUGAUCGAUAAACCGGAAGACGAAGAAGAUGUUGAAUAUGUUUAUUUAGGUAUCAAAGGUGUUGAAGAAGACAAUCGUUUCGAAGUGAAAUUCGACGAUUGUGCCAACGUCGAUUGUCGCUCGAUCUCCACAUCGAUCCAAAUCACACUAUCCCUCCUCUUAAUCUGCAUCAUUUUCACAUUUUUUUCACUAUAA